AUUAUCGGCAGUGGUCGGUUGCCGCGGUUAGACGUACCAUACAAACAUGUGGAAUUAUAUAGUGUUACUUUUAGCUAUUACAUACUGCUUGUGCGACGAUGCAGAAAGAAACGAGAUUAUAUUAGUAGACCUAGCGUCUACUGCGCCUACUAUCGGCUCCAGAAUCAUAGGUGGAAUGGACACCACCAUAGAGAGAUAUCCGUACGCUGUCCAGGUGUUACAGAGUAACCAGCUAUCAUGUGGGGGAUCUCUCAUCACGCGGCUUAUGGUGUUGUCUGCGGCACAUUGCUUUGUUUCGAAUGGACAAUUAUUGGCUUUACGAAACUUCCGUAUAAGAUGUGGGACUACUCGGCUUAACUCAGGUGGCACUACAAGAUCAAUCUCGCGGGUCAUCCCGCACGAGAGAUACAACAAUCCGCUACGAGACAACGACGUGGCUGUAGUGGUGAUGAACCGCAGGGUCACUCUGGGCAGGAGCAUCGCGCAGGCGGCCCUCCCUUACCAGGGGCAACUAGUGCCUAACAGCGCCUUCGUCAUACAUGUAGGCUGGGGACGCACUAACCCAUACAUCGCGACACCCUCGACGAUCCUCCAGGAGGUGGUGGUGAACAAGAUAAACAACACGGUGUGCAGGCAGCGGUACGCCCUGUUGGAGGCGCAGUUCAACCAGCCCUUCCCAGUCACUAGCUCCAUGAUCUGUGCUGGGAUACUAGACGUUGGUGGCCGAGACGCGUGCCAAGGUGACAGUGGGGGUCCCCUGAUCUACAACGGCGUGGUGGUGGGUGUCACCUCAUGGGGAUACGGCUGUGCGCAAGCCUACGCGCCGGGCGUGAGCGCACGGGUCUCCAACUAUACCAACUGGAUCUUGGAUACUGUACAAAGGAAUGGAGCUGGAAACAGUAAUACUAGUGGAAUUGCCCUCCUAUCAACAUUUAUCUGCGCGCUGUGCUCGCUACUCGCUUAGACUCAAUCAAUGUGAUAUAUUUUUACUAUUGUCAAUUAUAUUAAAUGUUAUAGUCACAUCGGUGCUAAUUCCUGUAGACACCAUCUAAUUUUAAGUUAUAUCUGUCAUUUUCUUAGCCACCGAAAGGAAGUCAAAACAUUUACGGAACACGUCAAUUUUAAGCACAUAUCUAAAACAACCCUAUGAAAAAUAAACUGGUUAAUAACCCGACAGAAUUAAGUUGAUAGCACACAUCAAAGGGUUGCAUACCAGCGAGAUAUCUUUUUGAUUGGCCCAGGUUAUUUAUUCAUUUACUCAUUCUUCUUAAAAUUAAGAGCUGUCAAUCAUCCGUCCCUUUUCGGCGGAUAAGAAAAUGACAGAUAUAACUUAAAGUAAAAUUGGGUGUCUGCAAGGAAUCGGGGCCAUUAUAUUUUUGUAUUCUUAGAAAAA